UUGUCUGUAUUGUACAUAUUGUUGUUGUUGUUGGACAUCAAGACAACACAUCCAUUACAAGACAACAACAACUAUAAUAUCUUUCAUCCAUUCAUUCAAAUGGUCAUCACUUGUGUGAAGACUAACUGAUUGAUUGAUUGAUUGAUUGAUUGACUAUUGAAUUUUAAAGUGAUAUCAUAUCAUAUCAUCAAUUGAUUGAUCUCUUUGUCGUGUCGGUCAUCGUCAUCGACAUCUGAUUUUUUGUUUGUUUGUUUGGUAUUAUCACUAUUUAGUGGUUUGUUUUUGAAUCACUUAUUGUCGCCGCCAUUGCUGUCGUCGUCGUCGCCAUCGCCGUCAACAACAACAACAGCGUGUCAUCAGAAACAGCAGCAGUGAUGUCCAGAUCAUCGCCGCCGUUGUCAUCAUCGUCGUCGCCGAUCACCGAUUCAUCAGUGUCGCCAUUGAACGAAACAAUAACAUCGGCAGCAACUGGUGUAUUGUCGGCAUCGUCGACACCGUCAUCGACACCAUUAUCGACAACAACAACAACAAUAGCUAAUCAAACAAAUCAUAGCAGCAGCCAGUCGUCAGUUGAUCCAAAAGAAAUGAUGGACAAUAAUAGCACGACAUCGUUGAAUGCACCGAAAUAUGGCACUCCAGUUCCCAAUCGUGUGUUUGUCGGCGGAAUACCCGGCGAUGCCACCGAAAUCGAUGUCAUGUCAUUGUUUGGCAAGUUUGGCAAAAUAAUGAAUGUCAACAUAAUACUAGACCGAGCGGGUGUUCCCCGUGGUUACGGAUUUGUGACGUUCGAGACGGAAGACGACGCCAAACGGGUAAUCCAAGAGAAAGAUAAUCUCAUUAUUAAUAACCGAAAACUCAAUGUUUCGGUGGCCAUCAAAAAGCAUCAGAAUUUUACAAACGAAAUGAAUUUCCGAAGUCUGACCAACGGAGCCGUUAUCUAUAAUGCCUAUCCAUUGAUGAAUACAUCCCAAGCACUGUACGGCGACUAUGGUAUCUAUCCGACUGAUUCGAUACCGAUCUAUAAUUUUGGUGUUAAUCCACAAAUGAUAACCUCGACGGGUAUUACUACAUCACCGCCGCAAAGCUCAUACCCAUAUGCAUAUCAGCCGACAUCGGGCGGUGUCUAUCUGACAACUCAGCCAUCGAUGGCAGCUUCUACUCAUCAGUUGAUGUCAUCAUUUCAAUCGUCAACACCUCAGACAGCUUAUCCAAUACUAAACGGACCGUUUAGACUACCAAUGAAUGCACAGAAUAUGAAUCAAGUGAACCCAUACAUACAUAUGUCCAGUUCCAGUACACCACCAUUGAGUCAGAAUUCAUCAAUACCUGUUCAUCAACUAUCGGCAGUUGCCGGCAAUCAUCAAAUGGUGAGCGCAGCCGACUAUCCACCCAAUAGUUCAGCUACCGGUGUAAAUGCAAUAAACACAAGCUUUUCAUCACUGAAUCUAAUGCAGCCGCCAAUCUAUGCCAUAUCUCCCAAUGGACUGCCGCAGCCAUCACCGCUGCCUAACGGUGGUGUCAAUAGUUCAGGCCAUCAAUCUAUGGCCGCCUGUAUACACAACUAUCAUCAACAACAACAACAACAACAUCAUAGACCCGAUAGUAGACCACCCGAACACCAGCAGCAUAUACAUCAUCAUUCGGCCGGCGAUAAUGGCGGACCGGCUCUACUACACCAUCACACUCAUAGCCAACAAAUGUCGCCGCAAGUUGUCGAACUGAUGCCCAUUUGGUCGCAAAAAGUGCCAAACAAUACAACUAAUACUACUACUAAUAAUAGUACGACAACAAGUAAUCAUCAGAAAUCAAUGUCUAGAGAUAAUAAUGGUGGCGGUGGUGGUGGUGGUCGUCAUCAUCAUAAUCAUCAUCAAUACUCACAGAAACCCAACAAUAAUAUGUCGACCACAUCGUCAUCGAACUCGUCAUCGGCGGUAUCGUCGUCUAGAGGAGACUAUAACAACAGAUUGGAUAACAACAAACAACGCAAUACUAGUUAUAACAAUAGUCAUCAUCAUAACAAUAGAAAGCCGGCCACCAAUUCAUAUACUAAUAGUAAUAAUAUGAAGUCGAAAAACGGUGGUUAUAACGGUGGUGGUGGCGGUGGCGGCCAGUCGUCAUAUGGACCGCCAAAACAACAACAACCAGCAAACAAUUCAUAUGAAACUGAGUGCCAAACAAUAGCAACACCAACCGCUUAUAAUCAUCAUAACAAUGUACCGGUAAUUGCAAAUACCUCAGCACUACAAGGAAUGCCAUUUGUUAAGCAUACGUUUAAUCAUCGAUAUCAUCAUCCGAUGAAUAACCAUCAUCUGCAUCAGCAGCAGCAGCAGUAUACGAUGCAAUCGACCAUUACUGCUGCUACUGGCAAUGGUUAUCAUCAACAGCAGCAGCAACAGCAACCACACCAUCAUUAUCAUCAUCACAAUCAACAGCAGCACAAUGGAAGUGUCGGUAAUUUACCGACAAUCAAAAAGGUGGUCAACGGUAUCGAAAUUCUAACAGUUCCCAGUGUUAACAACGGUGGUGGCGGUGGCGGCGGCGGUUUCGGGCCACCAAUUAGUCCUCCAUUGACUCCCGGCGGCGGCACUCAAUUGGCUCAUAAAUAAUCUGUAAUAAUAAUAAUAAUAAUGAUAUUGUCAUAAGUUUUGCUCAUUAGUUUGCAUCACGUUUUUCGUGCAUUUCGACGAAAAAAAAGCAUUUUAUUUAAGAAAACAAAAUAUGACUUUAAAAGAAAUUAAUUUUUUUUAGACACAAAUCGAGUGAUUAACGAAAAACUAGUCAUUGAUUAAUAUAUAUUUA